CAUUUCAACAUGUUCAGCAUUAUGUUUCUUCCACAGGUGAUCUGGAGCAUCAUAAAUGAUUCAUUCUGCUCCUUCAAGACCAGAACGAAGUCCCAAAAGUUUUGUCGAAAUGAGUACAACUUGACAGGCCUGUGCAGUAGGGCAUCAUGUCCGUUGGCCAACAGCCAGUAUGCUACAAUACGAGAAGAGAAAGGUGUGUGCUAUCUGUACAUGAAGGUGAUCGAGAGAGCAGCUUUCCCCAGCAAACUUUGGGAAAAGGUGAAACUCUCGAGAAAUUAUGAACAGGCACUGAAACAGAUUGAUGACAAUCUGAUCUAUUGGCCAAGGUUUAUCAGGCAUAAGUGCAAACAGAGGUUCACCAAGAUUGCACAGUAUCUGAUAAGAAUCAGAAAACUGACUCUGAAAAGACAGAAAAAGUUGGUUCCCCUCAGUCGGAAGGUGGAGAAGAGAGAGUCGAGGAAAGAGGAGAAGGCCUAUGCUGCUGCUCAGUUGACGACAUCAAUCGAGAAGGAGCUUCUAGAAAGGUUAAAGAAGGGCACGUAUGCGGGAUAUCUACAACUUCCCUCCGUAGCCGACAAGGUGCUGGAUGAGGAGGAAGUGGAGAGUGAGAGUGAGUCAGAGAAGGAAGAGAAGGAUGAAGGAUGAGGAGAGGAGGAGGAGGAGGAGGGAGUUGGUGAAAUUGAGUAUGUAGCUGAUGAAGACUUUGAUGAGAGCGAUGUGUCUGACAUGGAGGACAUGGGGAACAGUGACUCAUCGGACAGCUCCUCGUCUGAAGAUGACAAGCCCAGAAAGGCAGCACCUCGAAGGAAACGUCCCCGUGUUGAAAUUGAAUAUGAGCAGGAAACAGAUCAACCAUCGACAUCCAAGGUCAAAGCGGUGUCAUGAUAACCAAAUACUCCUUCUCCUGAUACAUGAAAACAACAUUUUACGGCAUUUUUUUAAUCAUCUUAACAUUUUAGAUGCCUGACUAUGUAAUCCUGUAAGAUUUCUAAGUUAGAAUAGGUCCCAAAAAAUCUGGACCUGCCACAUAGCUGGAAUAUUGCUGUGUGCGGUUUUAAACAACAGACCAGUGUUAAUUGUAAAUGGUACUAGAUGCACUAUGUGGUGAGGCACUUGGAUUGGGUUGAUGGCGUGUCAUCUCACCUUGGAGGCAAUUAUAUCAAUCACUGGAUUGUUUAGUCAAGGCUCUUUCAUUUGCAGUCUGCCAUCAUAUAGCUGGAUUAUUUUGGAGUACGGUGUUGAACAGCAAAUGAAAACACAUGCCUUGGACUUGUGUUUUCCUUGUGUUUUCUGAGAAGAUCCGGGCUAGAAUUGAUCUUCAGUAACCCAUGCUUGUCGGAAAAGGCGACUAUCGGGAUUGGGUGGUCAGAUGACACAUGUCAUCAUAUCCAAAUUGUGUAGAUCGAUGCUCAUGCUGUUGAUCACUGGAUUGUCUGGCCCAGACUCGAUUAUUUACAGACCGCCGCCAUAUAGCUCUACUAUUGCUGAGUGUGGCGUAAAACUAAACUCACUCACUCCCUGUGUUUCACCUUACAAAGUGUUUGUUGAUUGAGACAUGGCAGGACAGUUUUGACUUGUCAAGUCUCAUCUGUGAGGUCUGCACAUUGUGAAACAACAGUACUGAAAGGUGGUACAGACCUCCCUGCUUCUUGAAGACUCGUCCUAUCUUCAACACAUUUUGAUGUCAGAUGUUUCAGUUAACGGAGCCGUCAUCUCCACAUAUGAGUAUUUGUAAAUUAAUUCAUGAUGUUUACUCAAUCCCUGACAUGACAGUUGUGGUAAAUUUAACAGCUUUUUAUGUGAAGUCCUCCAAUUGCGCAUACCUUUGUUGCUAAAACAUAUGGAAUGGAAUUUCGAUUGUUACAACUUUUAAACUUAGCUAAGGUAGAAUUCUGUGGGUGGUGUCUGGAUUAACACAAUCAUUCAAGAACUGUUUUUACCAGGUACUGAUGCCUGUUCAAGUUUUGAAUAUUUAAUGACUAUUCCCAUAUGGGUGGAAUAUUGCUGAAUUUGGCCAAAGUUAGGCUUGCAGCUGAGUGGUGUUUUUAAAUUAACUGAACAUUUAUUAAAGCAGUGUCACUACAAAAGUUCAAUACCAUGCAACGAGCACAAAGGAGACACUAAAUAAUAAUAAUUUAAGGGAAACUGUUUCAUACCAGACAAAUGGUAGGUGUUAACGUGUAUAUUGUUGUACAGAUGUUCUGUAUAGAGUGACUAUAAUGUUGAAAUAAAGAAAAAAAAUGUGAA